GGACGAAGCAAACCAUCAAACAACUCAUCUAGUGUGAUAUAUCUUGGCCAGAUACCCUACGAAUGGGAUGUCAAUGUUAUCAAGAGCAUUGUCAAAGGCAGUGGCCAAGUGACUGAUGUUAGAAUCAAAAUGGAUCAUGGUAAAAAUAAAGGUUUUUGUUUCAUUGAAUAUUCAACUUCAUUCGAUGCAAGAAAAGCUUUGACACUACUAUCUCAAAUCAAGUAUAAAGGUAAAAGCUUUAGAGUAGAAUUAUCCAAGGAGGGCUUGAGGACUUUUGGACCAACCCAGCCAAAAAGCUCUUUGAAACUAGAUAGAAGAUUUUUGCCUGACAAUAUUACUUUUCCGAAUGAUAUGUUGUUAGACGAUGAGAAUAUUCCAUAUAGUCAAAUGCAAAAUCAGCAAAUGCAAUUCCAAAACAGCAGUUUGCCUUUAAACCCAGUGAACUUGAUGAAUUCUAACAAUUCUGCUUUUCCCAAUAUCUCCAAUAAUGCCAACAUCCCCAACACUACUAUCCCAAAUAUUCCCAAAAAUGUAAAAUCAAUAACAAAUGCUGAUCUAUUAAAUGCCAUUAACGUUUUACCUUCGUUUGAUGAAUCUGUGUUCACAAUUCCUCCAAAUGAUCAGAUAUCUUUGAAUUUAUCCAAAACUAGACCUCCUCAAGUAAUUCAAAUGAUCUCGUUUUUGAAAAAUUUAUUGAUUGCUCAAAAUGUUCAAGCUGCUUCGGAUUUGCUUAAAUUGUCUUCUGAAUUAACUAUAUCUAUAUCACAAGCUCUAUUUUUAAUGGGUUUAAUUGAUACCGACACGAUAGAAAAAGCUGCAGUUUUAACCAGUAAUACCUUGCAACAAAAACAACAGGAGCAACUGCAGCAACAACAGCAGCAGCAGCAACAGCAGCAGCAGCAACAACAGCAGCAACAACAAACAUCCUUUUAUCCCCAACAAAUGAAUCAGCAAAUGAACCAGCAAAUGAAUACACAGUUUCCACAACAAAUGCCCCAGCAGAUUCCCCAGCAGAUGGGCCAAAUUAAUCAGCCACAACCUCUGCAAAUAAAUCAAGUUAACCAGCCACAGCCUCAGCAGCCCUUCUUGCCUCAAGUUCCUCCAAAAGUACGCUCUUCAAUUCUACAACCUCCAUCACCACAAUUUUCUAAUCAACAGUUUUCUUAUCAGCAAUUUUCCAAUUCAUUAGCUUUGCCUCAAAAAAAUUUUUCUGGUCCCUCUAUAGUCUCUUCUCCUUCAUACGUGAAACCAGAAUGGGCUAAUUUACCUCAGAAAACCAUUGAAAAACUAUCAACUCUCGAUGUAAAUCAAGCGGAUUUAAUUGCAAAAGUCUUGCAAUUGCCAGAAAGUGCCCUAGGCACUUUAAAGCCCGAUGUCUUAGCUGCAUUUAAGGAAAUCAGAAAUCAGUAUUUAUGAAAAGAACAACAAUAUCAUUAAUUAUAUAGUUAUAUAACCAUUUUUUAUUUUUUUUUGAUUGUAAUCUAUAUCAUUUUUUGGCAUUCUUUUUUAUUUUUGC